UAUACUGAUGAGGGCGCCCUUCAAACAGCACCGUGCGCUGUCGAUGUCCAGCAUGUCCAGUGAAUUUUUUGUUUUGACAUUUUUGACAAAAUGUUGUCUCUUGUCUUGUGUGUUUUAACUUAAGUGCAACAUUUUCAGAUGAUUUUAAUUAUUGGAAUGAAACGGAAUAUGCCGUCAUACAAGUGUGAAGGCCUCUUUGGCAAUGUACAUGUAGAAGUCAGCCUGCCUGCCAUGGAGCAGGGGAGCCAGCCAGACAGGCAGCCAGCCUGCUGGGCAGCCAGCCAGCAUGCCUGCCAUGGAGCAGGGGAGCCAGCCAGACAGGCAGCCAGCCUGCUGGGCAGCCAGCCAGCCUGCCUGCCAUGGAGCAGGGGAGCCAGCCAGACAGGCAGCCAGCCUGCUGGGCAGCCAGCCAGCCUGCCUGCCAUGGAGCAGGGGAGCCAGCCAGACAGGCAGCCAGCCUGCUGGGCAGCCAGCCAGCAUGCCUGCCAUGGAGCAGGGGAGCCAGCCAGACAGGCAGCCAGCCUGCUGGGCAGCCAGCCAGCAUGCCUGCCGUGGAGCAGGGGAGCCAGCCAGACAGGCAGCCAGCCUGCUGGGCAGCCAGUCAGCCUGCCUGCCAUGGAGCAGGGGAGCCAGCCAGACAGGCAGCCAGCCUGCUGGGCAGCCAGCCAGCCUGCCUGCCAUGGAGCAGGGGAGCCAGCCAGACAGGCAGCCAGCCUGCUGGGCAGCCAGCCAGCAUGCCUGCCGUGGAGCCAGCCAACCUACAUGUACCUGCCAGGGUGCAAGCCGGAAAGCAAGCUAGCCAGCCAGACAGGCAGCCAGCCUGCUGGGCAGCCAGCCAGCAUGCCUGCCGUGGAGCCAGCCAACCUACCUGCCAGAACUCAAGACCCAAGAACAGUGCAAAAGUGGAGUCAGACGCAUGAUUUCUCAGAGUCAUCCUCGGCUGAAAACUCACAUCCUGAAAGCAGAGGCUGCAAGAAGCUAUAGACAGAAGACAACAGCAACUGCCAUGACAAAUCAGAAGACAACAGCAACUGCUAUGAUAAAUCAUGAUCUUUACCCAAGAAAUUUAAAGAAACAGUCCGAAGGCAGGAUUAGCAAGAGACCAUGCAUGUUUAUUUUCGGGAGGCAACUGAUGUUGAUAGAGACAAAUUGCCAAGGAAGAGCGGAGCUGGAUGUUGAUUUAUCACCAUGGUAACACCAAUUAUGGUAUCAACAAACAAUUGUAGAUUUUGGCCAAAUUUUUAUGCAAGGUGAACCCUGUGCCGUUUUUUAAAAGCUUUGAAAUCUGACUUUAUUCAUAAAUGCCAGAUUUUGGCAAAACAAGAGAAUUUGAUUUGCAAGGUUAACCCCUUGUCAUUUUUGUUUGUUUUGAAUGUUAAGUUUUCACCACAAAAGCACUCCUGAUGCCCCUGAAAACAAUGAAAUACUGAUGUGUGCUUUUGUUUGAUAGGUGUUUCUGGGUAUUUUCGAGCACAAUAAUUUUUUUAGCAAAAAUUUUAUAAAUUUGCAAUGCUAAUGCUUGCAAAAUUUACAAACUUUGAUUUUCAUCAAAGUUAUGCUCCACAUGGAAUAGAAAAGAUUGGCAAGUGCGUAUUCCAUCCUAAAGGUGCUUCUGAGUGAUUUUGAGAAAUGUCAAAUUUUUACCAAAAUCUUUUUUUUUUUAGUUUUUUUAAAUCACAUAUUUCACCAAAAUUUCAAAUGACAUGUUAAACUUCAGAAAGGAUAGAUUUAUCAUUGUUUUUGUUCAAAAGAUGUUUCCGAGUAAUUUUGAACUCAGUCAAAUUGGAAUCGAACUUUUAAGUAACAUUGCAAGGUUAACCCCACUUGCCAAUUUUACAAGCAAAUUUGAAGCCUGAUUUUUCAUCAAAAAUGCUCUGUAAAUGCACUUGAAAGGGUUAUAAUAUGUUUGAUUUGGUUCUGAAGGUGUUUCUUAGAGAUUUUUGUCAAAGUAAAAAUGUGGUCAAACUUUAAAACAUUUUGCAAGGUUAACCGGUUGCCAAAUUUAAAACAUUUUCAACUCUGGUAUUUCAUCAAAAACGCAAUCUAAAUUCUCACAAAUAGAUUAAAACAUGCUUGAUUUGGUUCUUUAAUGUUUCUAGCAACCCAACUUUCAAUUGUCAAAUACCUAUGGUUAUAAAAAUAAGUGCAGGAGUUCAAUUUUGUAUCAAGUACGAUUCCAGUGUUCCAAAUUGCCAGCUACAUGUAAUUUCAUUUAUAAUGAAAAAUGUCGUUUUUGAUGCAAAAUUUAAGGUUAACCCCUUGUUAUUUUUGAUGAAAAAUGUAAGGUUACCCCCUUGCAAUUUUUGAUGAAAAAAUGCCAUUUUGGAUGGAUAAAGUAAGGUUCCCCUUGCAGUUUUUGAUGAAAAAUGCCAUUUUUGAUGGAAAAUGUAAGGUUAACCACUUGCAAUUUUUAAUGAAAUAUGUAAGGUUAAACCCUUGCCAUUUUAAUAAAAAAUGCUGUUUUUGAUGUAAAAUGUAAGGUAAACCCCUUCAAAAGUGCAGAUGCAAAAUGUGAGGUUAAUCCCUUGCAAUUUUUGAUGAAAAUGACGUUUUUGAUGCACAAUGUACAAAUGAUGUAAGGUUAACCCCUUGCAAUUUUU